AUGUCAAGAGUUCCAAGUCAUCCAUCUCUGGUAGAAAUGUCCAGUGGCCCUGUAGCUGACAGCAGGAGCCACACACAGAUCCAGGUAGUGAAAUUCUCCCACGUGUGGACAAUCAGUAACUUUAGCAUUUGCACCCAGGAAAUGGGUGAAUUCAUUCAAAGUUCAACCUUUUCAUCACUGAAAUGGUGUUUGAGAGUAUACCCAAAAGGGAAAAAUGAAGAAAGCAAAGAUUACGUGUCAUUUUACCUGAUAUUGCUCAGCUGUCCAAAGAGUGAACUUUGGGCAAAAUUCAAAAUGUCCAUCCUGAAUGACAAGGGAGAAUAGACCAAAAAUUUCAAGAGCCCCAAUGCAAAUAGAUUUGUACAAGGCAAAGACUGGGGAUACAAGAAAUUCAUUCUUAGAGAUGUUCUCUUGAAUGAAGACUAUAGGUUUGUCCCUGAUGACAAGCUGACCCUCUUCUGUGAGGUAAGCAUGGUGCAAGAUUCUAUCACCAUUUCUAGCCAGAAUCCUAGGAAGAUGAUGAACGUUCCCGAGUGCCAACUGACCCAUGAGCUAGGAGGACUUUGGGAGAAUUCUUGGUUCACAGACUGUUGCUUUUGUGUGGCUGGCCAGGAAUUUCAGGCUCACAAAGCUAUCUUAGGAGCUCGUUCUCCAGUGUUUAGGGCCAUGUUUGGACAUGCAAUGCAGGAGAGCAUAACGAAUCGAGUGGAAAUCAUUGACAUGGAGCCUGGAGUGUUUAAGGAAAUGAUGUACUUCAUCUACAUGGGGAAGGCUCCCAACCUGGACAAGAUGGCUGAUGGUUUGCUGGCAGCUGCUGACAAGUACGCCCUGAAGGGUUUGAAGGUCAUGUGUGAGGAAGCCCUCAGCAGCCAGCUGUCUGUGGAGAAUGCUGCAGAAAUGCUCACCUUGGCCGACUUCCACAGUGCAGAUCAAUUGAAAACUCAGGCAGUGGAUUUCAUCAACUCUCAUGCUGAGGAUGUCAUAGAGACGGAGGGGUGGCAAGCGAUAGUGGCAUCCAAUCCCAGCUUAGUAACUGAGCUGUACAGCUCUCUGGCUUCAGCACAGGGCCGCUGUCUGGGACCCCCACGCAAGCGCCUGAAGCAGUCCUGAGAUCCUGCCUGUUGUAAGACUUCUUUGACUUUCCAGAAGCAGAAGCCAUAGUUGCUGCCAUUGAGCACCAGAUAGACAGCAAAAUUUGUGG